UGAAUGAAAAGCAUUUGACAUAAAAGGGGAUCAAAAGAGACAUUAUUUAUGAAACGAAACCAUUUUGUGUAGCAUUGAGACUGCAUUGAGUGUGUCUUCUCGUGGUGUAAAUCGGAUCCAUUGGUGACAAUGCGUGUGAGUGCACUUCGUAUGCUGGUGUUCCGUAACCCUGGUCAGGGCAAGCCCCAGGUGGUGCCGCUGACGCCCAUGGCGGGCCUGUCGCAGAUGCCCUUCCGGUGGAUGUUCAAGACUGGAUGGUUCUUCAGGUACUUCGUGUACGCCAAUGUCAUCUGCUUUCCCCUCUGGAUAUACAUACAGCGCAAAGUGAACAGUCCGGCCGCUGUGGCCGCCUGGGAGGCCAAGAAGAAGGCCGACCACCACAAGGAGCACGAGGACCACAUGUGGAAAGACAUCACUGGUGCAAAUGCCAACAAAUAGACAUACUAUUAGUUUAACACUUAUUUCAAUUGAUUAUUCAUUAGA